AUGGGCAACGAUGGGCAACGAUGGGCAACGAUGGGCAACGAUGGGCAACGAUGGGCAACGAUGGGCAACGAUGGGCAACGAUGGGCAACGAUGGGCAACGAUGGGCAACGAUGGGCAACGAUGGGCAACGAUGGGCAACGAUGGGCAACGAUGGGCAACGAUGGGCAACGAUGGGCAACGAUGGGCAACGAUGGGCAACGAUGGGCAACGAUGGGCAACGAUGGGCAACGAUGGGCAACGAUGGGCAACGAUGGGCAACGAUGGGCAACGAUGGGCAACGAUGGGCAACGAUGGGCAACGAUGGGCAACGAUGGGCAACGAUGGGCAACGAUGGGCAACGAUGGGCAACGAUGGGCAACGAUGGGCAACGAUGGGCAACGAUGGGCAACGAUGGGCAACGAUGGGCAACGAUGGGCAACGAUGGGCAACGAUGGGCAACGAUGGGCAACGAUGGGCAACGAUGGGCAACGAUGGGCAACGGGCAACGACGAUGGGCAACGAUGGGCAACGAUGGGCAACGAUGGGCAACGAUAA